AUGUCGGCUACAUCCAAAGAAAACCAAGAAUCUGAUAAAGAGGGUCCAUUGCUUCAAUCUGAGUCACCCGAUCCUACGCUCAUACAGGCUGUUGUCUUGAAACCCGAAAGCGACUAUCAUACUCAGCAAUGGAAGAACGGCUUGGGUACCACGGACGAAAUAGCGAUUUAUCCACCUGAUAAGAAUUUCAUCAAGGAUGAGUUUUUUUGGCGAUUUAGUACAAACACAAUGCAUGCCAACUGUAGCUACUCGCUAUUUCCUGGUUAUGAGUGUACGACCGUAAUCUUGCCCACAGACGAUGACAAGAAAUCCAAUGCCUGCUUUUCAUUGUUGCAUCAAGGAGGAGAAACCUUGACCAAGAUUCAACCUUUAUUCCCGUACUCAUGGCAGGGAGAAUGGGCCACUACAUGCAAAUUGUCAAAUUCGCCUGUUUCAUGCUUGCAAUUCAUGCUUCGACGUGAGCUGGGCAAAGCGCAGGUUAGAGUUGAAAAGAUUGGCUCCUUUGAGACAGAUCUUCAAGGCGAUGUAGACUCUGGAAAGAACAUGCUGUUUGGCGCGUUUGCUCUUGUCUACGUAGUCGAGGGUUUCAUCAGUGUCAUUUUGGAUGAAAAUCAUGAGCUCAAUCAAAAGUUUGAGCUAAAGAAGGGAGAAACCCUGUUUGUAGAACGCGAUGAAGACGCAAGCCCAACCAGUAUUCUACUGAAUGCAACAAAUCAGGCAGGACAAUCUGCCUAUGUUGGCGUUGAGGCCACUGUCGUCGUUAUUCAGAUCGAGGAAGGCAAGACAUUCGGCGGUAUCAUGCAGGGGCAACCACAACCUCAAGGUGCUACUGCCACUGCUCCUCCAGAAGAAGAGACGCCCCCACAGCGAUUCAACAACAAUAAAGGCAUUGUGCCCAGCCAAAGACGUCCUUCCCAUCGUCGUCCUAGCCUGCUUGUACCCAUAGAACAGGAGGACAACUUCAUCAAAGCACCCUCUGCGCAAUCACCUACUUUAGAGUUGGAAAACAAAGUGCACGUCAUGGAUGUAUCUGACCAGCAGCCAAAGCGAAUGAGGCUGGAACGUCGUGAUAGCCUUAUCAACAUGGAAUCUUUUGAUCCCAAUGCUAUUUAUGAGCCACCCGCGUUUGCAUUGAUUCACAAAGAUACCGACAUGCCACCGCCUGUAACUCGAGAUAAACUAGAAGUGGAUGAGUUCCCGUUGAACACAAUUAGCACUGCCUGGAUCAAGAUGAUGACACAGGGCCUUAGCGAGUGGUUGAAACUCCCAAUCAUUGUUUGUCGUGGGACAGAAGAUGGAGUCAUCUCUCAAAUCGAUGUCAACAAACUAAAAGGCACGGUGGUUGCUGUGCCCUGUGUCAAUGUAUGGGGCUUCCUCAAGUUUAAGCGCGAGUUUGCAGAUGGACGAGAUCUCAACCGGCAGUUUCCGGGUAAAAACGAUGGCUAUGCAAGCCAAGUGUUCUGCGACCACUUGAUGAACAAGAUCAUCUCUCAGUUCAAUUACAUGGUUGAUUUGCAUACUGCGAGUUUUGGCAGAAUCAACUCGUACUAUGUUCGAGCAGACAUGAAUGAUCCCUUGGGCGCCAAAAUGGCAAAGUUACAGCAGCCACAGAUUUUAUUACAUAAUUCUGGGCAAGAUGGCACGUUACGAUCAGCUGCAGCAGCACGCGGUAUCAAAGCCAUCACAGUUGAAAUAGGUAACCCGCAAACAUUUCAAGAUCGCUAUAUCCAAUGGUCUUUUAUGGGAGUCAUGCGAAUCUUGGAUCACUUUGAUAUGUAUGAUUUGAAAAACAUCAACAUGACUGAAAUCAAUACACUGGCAAAUGAGGAAAACUUGAACGGACCGCCUCACACUGUCUUGUGUUCAAGAGGAUUUUGGCUCUACACAAAAACUGGCGGUCUCUUGGAAGUAUAUCCAAGUGUGAAUAAGCUCGUCCAGAAGGGAGAGAUUAUUGCUCGCAUUAAAAACAUGUUUGGUAAUGUCAUUGAUGAGUACUUUUCUCCCUGCACAGGUGUAGUUAUAGGACGCAGCUCAAACCCAGUGGCUAUGGCUGGUGAUCGCAUUGUUCAUAUGGGCGUCGUCAAGAGAAAAGGUGAAGCACUAGCCAAAGCAGCCAAGGAAAAUUAUUAA